AUGGCCUACGACGAUGACGAUGACGUGCGGAGCAUCAUGAGCUCCGUCUCACAUCUCAGUACGACCUCCGACUACGAUGAGGGUGGUCUGGACCUUGAGACCCCGCUUCUGCAAGCCAUCUCCGACAUUGAGGCCAAGCGGAGCGAGGCUCGCGCCCGAGGCUUGGAGAGCCUGGCCGACCUCCUGUCUCGCUAUGUCUAUCCGGAAGAAGUUCUCUCAUCGCGACUGGGUGACCUGAUGGACGUGCUGCGCAAGGCCGCCAAGUCAGCAGAUCACAUGGCCAAAACCUUUCACAUCAUUACCCUGCUGCACCUGCAGCCCGUAGUUGAAGACAUGGAAGCCUACUAUGAGCAGCUGCGCAACCGCUGUGAAGACUCCAUGUUGGAUCCGUCUUUGGAUACCGAGCCCCGUAGCCAGAUGGCCGUGACGCUUGCGAUUAUGUCCUUUGUCAGCGAGUUACAUGGCGAUGACAUUGAGGAGCAGAUGGAGCUCCUGAGUGACGUCUUUACCGACGAUGAUCAAGAGGCCAGCUUGAUUGCCAUUUGCAUCGAGGCCUGGUCUCUCUUGCUCAUCAAGCUAUCCUCACAUGAUGCCUGCAAGGUGGCACACAAGCUGUCGCACUUUUUCCAUCGCAUCAUUGGCGAGACGGGCACAGACCGCAACGUCCUAUUUGCGGCUGCCCGGGCGCUCGUUCUUCUCAAUGAUGCUCAACUGGAGGCCCAUGAAGUUCCGGCCGAGGGCAUGGACGACGUCGCCCGCGUGUUCCAGGCCUAUGCCAAGGAGAGCAACAAGGGCAAGUCGAAAAAGGACCUCAAGGAGCAGCGACUCAAGUUUCGCCAGCUGCUCGAGGGCAUUGAAACGGGGCGUUGCCCGAGCACACGCCUUGCACUGGGUCACUCGGAGACAGUGGUUCUCGACUCGUGGUCCGAGUACAUGAUCCUCGACAACGUCCGGGCUGUCCUGCGUGGCGGCAUGCAACACCAUUUGCGCCACAAUCAAGUGGUGCGGGAUCUUUUGGGAUUGGGCCCCGUGCAGCUUGUGCCGCAGGCUCUGAGUCGCGAAGAUAAGGCCAACCUCAAGGCAAUACGUGAGGACAACCGUCUGAACCGUCAGGCAGAUCGACGGGCUGCACGGUCCGAUAAAUGGGACGACGGCUUUUAA